UAACACACCGCAAGAAUGGCUUGUUUAGUUGUGUAGCACCUGCCUCUUUGUUCUGAUUCUUUUAUCGUUUUUCUUUCUCGAUGAAUUUAAAAUUCAUACUUUAAGAAUUAGUCCAAAAUGGGAAAGAAACACAAGAAACACCACAAAAGUGAAAAGAGAGAGAGGGACGAAGAGGAAGACUACCAAGAAAAACAGUCUGAAAAACAUGACAAACCCCUAAAGAUGGUGAUCAAGAUAGGGUCUGGAGAAACUGCAGAACAAACCUCUGUGUCAGAAGACAGACCCCAUGAGGAGAAAAAACACAAACAUAAGAAGAAGAAAAAGAAGAAGGAAAAGGACAAAGAUAAGGAGAGGCACAAGCAUCACCACCAUGAACAUAAACGUCACCACGAGAGCCAUAGUGAAGCUAAAUACCAAGAAUCAACAAAAGAAACCACAGAGAGUGAGAUCGACGUCGAGGAUGGCGAACCCCCUGCAAAGCGAGCUCUGUUGCAGUCACAUGACCAGGCAUCUCGUGAAGCGGCAGAAAUGUACGAGAGGAAGCUACGAGAGCCGAGGUCGUGCACACUGAAUAAAUCUGAAGAUCCCCUGAAACCACUUCUGGAAUACUUACAGCGCUUCUUGAUGAGGAAAGAUGUCAAUGGAUUCUUUGCCUUCCCUGUCAAUGAUAUCAUAGCCCCAGGGUACUCCAGUAUAAUCUCCCACCCCAUGGAUCUCAGUACCAUGCAGGCCAAGAUAGACAGAGAGGAAUACCAGACUGCUGCAGAGUAUAAGGCAGACUUCAUGUUGAUGCUGGACAACGCCAUGACCUACAACAGACCAGACACCAUCUAUUACAAGGCAGCCAAGAAAUUACAAGGGAUGGGGAUGAAAAUGAUGAGUAAGGAGCGUCUCCUGAAUAUGAAACGCACCCUACCCUUUAUGCAGAAUAUCACACUGGAGCAGCUGGGCAUUGAGGAUGACCCCGCGGACACUGAGCCCAAGAAACCAAAGAAAGUCCAAGUCAAGUCUAGUGCCAUAGUCCAUGAGGCCACACCAGACAACCUGACCCCCAAGGAGAUCUUGGCCCAGGCCCAGGCUGCUGCAAAGGAUGCUGGGGAUAAGCUCUCCCUAAGGAGACCUGAUAGCAAGAUUGGAUUCCUACGAAGACAGAAAGAUGGCACCACAACCUUGAAUGUUCUGAAUCCUGAUAAUGAUGGAAUAGUGAGUGAGACAGAGAGAGUGAUCACUAUAGGAGGUCUGGUGGGUAAACUCAGCCAGGGCACGGGGGCUAUAUCAGGCUUCAAGGAAGAUAAGAGAAACGUGGUCAAACCAGUAAACUACCUCAGUUAUGCUCCAUUCAGCAGCUUUGCCCCGUCAUACGACUCUUCGUUUGCCAACCUGUCCAAGGAGGACUCAGACCUGUUGCUCUCAACCUACGGCUGUGAAACUGGCGUACAAUAUGCCAACAGCCUGAAGGAUUUUGUGGAAAACUGUGGUACCCAGACGGUCACUCUGGUGGACAGUUUGUUAAAUUAUCUCACUGGAGGAGAGCACGCCAAGGCUCAGAAAAUGCUGCUGAAAAAGAAAGAAGAAGAAGAAGACAAGAAACGACAGGAAGAGAAACUGAACAAAGAUGAAGGUCAAAAAGUUACAGACAAGGGAGUAGACGGAGACAAACCAAAUGAAGAAAAAAUGGAGACUGAUAGUGAAGAGAAGAAGUCAUCAGAUCCAGAAAUCAAUUUUAAAGAACUGAAAUCCCUGGAGUCUGAACUGGGUAUUGAUAUGUCAUUCUUAGACAAUUUUGAGAAACAAAGCAAAGAGAAGCAGGUCCAGAAGGAGCUGAACACAGCGGCAGAUCUGAUCAAGAACCUACGGGACAGUCAGGAGGAGAGGCUGCGGCAGAAACCCCCCGCCCAUCUAGCCCACAUUCAGGGCCCCUCGGCCAAGGAGAUGACACUGGCUGGACAAGUGACAGAUCAGUUAACAAAACUAACCAAGCAGGUGACUCCUGGAGAAGUGGUAUCCACUGAUGCUGUCAGGUCUGCUAUGGGGAUCUCCAUUCCAAAUCCAGGGGACCAAUCAGAUAGAGCAGGAGAUAAUGAAGAUGCCCAAUCACAGGCUGUGUCUCAUCUGAGUCAUGAUGACACCCCUGCAGAUUUGGACAAUGAAUUACAGGCAUUUUUAGACCAGGGCCCAUCUUUGAGGGUGUGUGAUUCUCCUUCGGGAAAUGAUUCUCCAUCUGUGAGUGACACUGAAGGGAAAUAGUUAUACUGAAUAUUUCAUUUCACUUGUUGCAUUUAUUAAGACAAUAUUUUACUGAAUUAUUGACUGUUGGAGCUUCAGUACCUGAUCAAAAUGAGGAAAACAGGCAUGGCAAAAAUGAAUCCUUGAAUAAUUGCUGCAACUGGGCUGAACUUCAGAUUUUUUUAAAACAUUUAUGAAUACAGGACUGUCAGCUAUUUCAGUGCACAUGAUUUUUUUAUACACUUGAGAACGUCAUGAAUGUAAAAAAAAACAAGACAUUGUUUUUGGAAAGAGGUGAAAACAAUACGGUCAAUUAUUAAUUUUAUUUAAACUCUUUUUUUAUUAUAAAUGAGGUUGUAC